UGAAUACUGAAAUUGCGAGCUCAAAAUGGCGGACGAGCCAGCGCGAGAGUGGAGCGACGAGCAGCUGAAAAGUGACGAUUUGCCCAAAAAAGACCUGAUCAACUUUAUUCAGGACAAUGCGGCACACUCGUUUCUCAUCGAGCACAAACUGCUGGGAAAUAUCAAAAACGUGGCCAAAACUGCAAACAAGGAUCAGCUCAUCGCCGCCUACAUCGAGUUAUUUGCCAAUAAAAGGUUUAAAGGCACAGAGCCGGUGGAAGAAGUGACAAAACAGGUCAAAGCCGUCAAAAUAGAUGAGAAGCCCAAAGAGGUCAAGGCAGAAGUUGCAGAUGAGGGUCCACCCAAGUUUACUAAAUCAACGCUUAAGAAAGGUGACAAGACUAACUUUCCUAAAAAAGGCAACACUGUGAGCUGCUGGUACACGGGCACGCUGGAGGAUGGCACGGUCUUUGACACCAACAUCCCAUCAGUGGCAAGAAAGAAAAAGCAAACCAAGCCGCUGAGCUUCAAAGUGGGCCUGGGCAAAGUCAUUCGAGGGUGGGACGAGGGCCUGUUAACCAUGAGCAGGGGUGAAACGGCCCGUCUGGAGAUCGAACCUGAGUGGGCGUACGGAAAGAAGGGCCGCCCCGACUCCAAAAUUCCACCGAAUGCCAAGCUGAUAUUUGAGGUGGAGCUGGUGGCUGUGGAUUAAAGCAAGAAAACUGGAAAGCUGUCUGAAUUUUGGCACAUAGGUGGCUGGGGAUUCCAACUACAUAAUCGUUUUGUUGCUUUAAUGUUAAUGUAAUUUUUUUUAUGUUCUUUGUUAGCAUUAAAAUAUUACUUUCACAGACAA